GAAAACAAUAAAUAUAUUCUAAAGUUAACCAACACUCGUAUCUUUCAUAUUUUAAAAAGUCCUAAAAAUCCCAACACGGUGUGCUUCCUCCCGCCGCUGAUGGCGACCACGGCGGUUCUCUUUUCUCGCCUCCGCCAAGCGCGGUCGUUCUCCUCCUUCGCCCUACUAUCUCUGCCACGCGUCCUAUCCUCUCAUUGUCCUUCUCCACUCUCCGUUCCCGCCCUACCUUCCUCUCCAACCCUGGGAUUCCUCGACGCGUUCCACACACGCGCUUUUUCCACUCGCUCUUCCGAUGAGCGCAAUUUGGGGUUGGACUCGUUCGUUGUCGACUCGCAGGUUAAUGCUGAGCUUCUGAAAGCGAUCGCCGAUAUCAGUGGCGGCAGUGAAGAAGACGCCGUUUUCCCCGUUCGCGUGCUGAUUUCGCUGUUCGACUCGUUCCAUGAGCUUUCUGGAUUUCCGUGGUGGUUAACUAUAGUUUCCUCUACUCUAGCUCUCAGAAUUGCUAUUCUUUUUCCUCUGGUCUUAACACUUCACAAGCUGAAAACGAUCGGAGAGUUUUUUCCUAAAUUGCCUCCUCCGUUCCCACCACCUUUCUCAGGAAAGAGUUAUAUCCGUCAGUUUCUGUUCUUCCAGAAGAAGAGAAAAGCUAGUGGAUGCCCCUCUUAUUUCUGGCCACUGAUACCAUUCAUUGUACAGGUUCCGUGCUUUUUCCUGUGGAUGAUUAGCAUAAGGAAGAUGUCACUGAAUGGUCACCCUGGUUUUGAUUGCGGUGGUGCUCUAUGGUUCCAGAAUUUAUCAGAACUCUCUCACGGUUAUUCAGGGUUCAUCUUUCCUUUCCUGAUUGCUGGUUUGCACUACAUCAAUGUUCAGAUAUCCUUUGGGAAACCUGUGGUUGCAGAGACAAGGAAUAUUUUUGAGUUAUUAGCCAAAUAUUAUAAGCGGUACUUGGACUUUCUAACAGUGCCUUUAGCUUUUGUGGGCUUUUGCAUUCCUCAGGGGAGCCAGCUCUAUUGGGUUACCAAUAGCUCAUUUACCCUCGUUCAGCAAAUAACCCUGAGAAAUCCUGCUGUCCUUGCAACGUUGGGGUUACGAGAGAAGAAUAGUCAAAAGGUAGCUAUUGAGAAAAUUGGUGCUUCUAAAACGGCUCCUUCACCAGGGAUACAAGAUAAUAUUCCAACAGAAGCUUUUUCUGCAGAAAAAAGUCCUCUGAAUUCACCUGAAAAGUGGCAUAGAAUACCUAUAGAUGAGAUGUCCCCUAAAGAACUGACUGCUCUUGCUGUCCCAUUUCUAUCCAGUAAUGAUAAAGAAAGUGCAAUUCCCUUACUAAAACUAGCCCUUGAUAAGGACCCUGAAUAUGUUCGAGCUUUAGUUUUGAUGGGACGGAUUCUAUUGUUGAAGCAUGCAAAUGAGGAGGCUAUUGAGUACUUUGAGCGUGCAAUUUCAAAACUUUCUUUUACUGGAUAUCCAACUGAUGCGGAAGAACUGGACCUUUUGAUUCUUUCAUCCCAAUGGGCUGGAGUUGCUUGUGAACGACAGGGCAAGAGGAAUGAAGGACGGACACACUUUGAAAGAAUAGCAAAUAUGGAGGAGCCAGAAGAUCCAACAAGCAAAGGCUAUUAUUUCGAUGGGUUACUGUUGCUUGCCAGCACUCUAUUUGAUGCGGGCCAAAAGGCCGAAGCUGCGAAGUACCUACGUCUUGUUGUUGUUCAUAGACCUGCUUAUAAAAAAUUCUUGGACCAGUGUGAACAAGAUGAUGAUAUUGCGAGCGAUCUUGCCCGUAGAAGAGAUUACUAAUUUCAAAAUUUUAUUCUGACGUCUGUAUUUAUUAAAUGUUAGAACAAUCAAGAUUUACCUGUCAUUUGCCAUGCUGUUUUACAAUUUUGAAUUGAUAUUUUUUUUAUUACACAAUUAUUUAUAGAAAAAUUGUUUCAUCAUUUAAAAA